GGAUACGAUUGGUCGAGCCGCUCGGACCACUCGCGAAGCGGCCAAUCGCGCGCCGGUCCAAGACCCACCGUCAAACACAGAGACUGGCCACGCGAGGGCCGCCCUCCGACGACGGGCUUGAGCAGGGGACAAUGGGCGCGCAGCUCUGUUCUCCUCGCCUCGACGCAAAGCGACGCAUCCAAUUGUCGUGCGCCACGCGCAACCCUUCCUCCUCCCCCUCCUCAUUGCCUCCCACUUGAGUCGGAGGCACAAGCAGCUGUCUUGCACUCGCCCUGGCCCACGACUCCUUUCUCCACCCCCUUCUCUGCCCCGUCAGCUGCCACCAUACCGACUGACAGACACACAUACACACAGACAGCCAGACAGGACCGACUCUCUCCACUUGGCAUUAGUUCGCCUCGCCCCUGCGAGUCUAGCAGCAAAAAGGUGGACUUAAUUCUUUCCAGCUUUGCCAGUCGACGGGUGAACAACCUUUCGUCAGUCCAGGCCGGACAAUUUGAGCUCCGCGCAGACAGUCGAGAUCGAGUCGAACAAGGCGUCGACCAGUUUGUGGCCGCCCACGCGUCCCGAGUUGGCGGCGUUUCUGGAUUGGCUGACGUCUCUGAGGCCCGGCACCCGAUUCGCACUCCGACCCCGGGCCGGACAAACCGACCAAUCAGGACUGGCCGCCUUAACCACCACGUGCUGGCAGGCGAGGCGCCUGAGGCCAUUCUAACCAAGUGA